CUACCUAAUCUAUCCUUCCUAAUUUCCUCCCUGUACUUCUUUCAAACAUUUAACGCCUUCGAUUAAAUUUUGUUGUCGGCUUUCGCGACCUCGAUAAAUCUCCCCCGCCAUCGAGCUUCUACCACCGAAAUCUACACCUACUACGAUCCGACCUUUGCUUCCUAUACGGGGGGCUUGUCUAUACCAUAUGUCAUGACGCGGGAAGUAAAUCGGCCAGCGGACGAUGGUCCUGGCCACAAUGCCCUCGAGGUUGACAUCAUAGCUGCUCUCUGGGAACAAGUCCCCUUUCCACGGUUACCCGCAGAUGCGCCAUCCGAGAUCAAAGAACUCGUUAUCGAUGUCGAGAAUCCCAAGAGGGUUUACGCUAUCUAUCGCACCAGUCGUCGCCAUGAUCUCCAGUUACUAGUCGAGAAGUUCAUAGCCCAACUGCGUUACGGAUGCGGCUUCAGUGCCUGUACUACCCCGUCGUGUUUUAGUUGCCGAAAACGACUGGCUGGUAAAGCCCCGAUUCGCCGAUAUAAUCCUACCAGUGCAAGGACUCUGGCCAUAUUCAUGGCAAGCCAGGACGAUGCCGAUAGUCGACUCUGCCCCCAUUUACACCCUCCGACCGGUCCUAGCGAUGCUAUAAAACCACUCAUAUUUGGCCUAAAGCGUGCGGCAUCUUCCAACGAUGCAAGCGGUCCGGCUUACACGGGCCUAGGGCCAAAGCUCAAGUCUACCAAGGGAGCUCCAGGCCGAGUAGCGUUGAAAAGGGGACAAUCACCGAUAGCAAGCUCCUCGCCAUCUGCACAGAUGAAUCGGAAGGGGACUGGCCAGAACCAUAGCAGACCUCCCGAAGUUGAUGCGACGAAGACUGAGCUACCAUCACAACCGGAUGGUAUGGAUGGAAUACAGAUUACUGAAAAGUCGAUUAGCAAGGAUUACCGCUCGUUCGCUGCUAAUGUGUUUGGAUCUGUCGCGUUUAAGAUGUUGGAGUGGUUAACACCGAAUAAUAUGGAAAGUAUGUCAAAGAGAGUCACGGCCGUAGAUAAUACACUAGAGUCUAUUGAACGGCUUCGAGAAACCGUAUCUCAAUUAGGAGGCCAGAGCGGAAGGACUAGUCCAACGUCUACUCCCUCGAGACCCGAAUCAGAGAACGAAGUCGGUCCUAGGGGGGCUUCUGAGGUUCAUCGAUAUACUACACGAGCACUCUCACCUAAGAACGAGGUUACCGGGUUCUACCAACGAGUACAUUCUGAGCGCUCGUCAGUUUCUAACUCGAAUCCUCAAACCCUACCACCACAUCAAAGGAGGACUUCUAAUACCCGGAUUCGUCCAUCCUCCGUUUCCAAGUCGCAGACUAAAGUUGUGCCCGAGCCUUCAGUCGACUCUAUCGUAGACGAAACAGGGCUCAUAUCGCCUAACAUUCCUACCCAGCCAGAAAAAGUAUCUAAAGGACUGAUUCGGCCUCCGCCAUCUAUAGCGCGACCUGCGUCUCAGGUUAUGGAGAGCGAUGUUCAUACACUGCCGGAAAGGGAAAUUGUAGGGCCUCCUAGUCCUCACCCCCACAUGGAUGAGCAUUGCUUUCAAUUGGAUGCAAUCAAUGGCGAAGAGACAUCAAGCAGUGCAGAGACUACGCGGUCCCUAGACGCACUUGAUGACUCUCAAGAUGCUCUAGACGCUCUAGAAACUACCGGCAAGACAGAUCCAACGUCCGAGCUGGAUUGCUACUUACCACAAUCGCUGUCACGCUUUAAUGUCCAAGCAAUCAAUUUCAUAUGCGACGUUUUACAAGAAGACGCUACCUCUGAGAGGCAUCUCCUAGAGCCACCAACCGUCGAUGAAUCUAUUAGACGGUCGUCAAACCGGCUCAAGUCGUGGAGGAGGAAAAGGAAAUCCCAAGCCUCUUAUCCACAAGAUCUCAGGUUACAAUGGAAGCUGUUUGUCGAACAGAGCAUAUUCCAUGUCCUGAGCGACCCUCAGGCCGUAUUGGACUCGUUUACCAGCGCCAAUGGUACUAUUGACUCGCAAACACUAUGGUACUGCAUGUUACGCUUAACAAGAGUAGCACCCAACCUCGUCUUCGACAGCCUCUGGAUUGCCCUGGCGGCUCUCUUUGCGCCGCCGAAGACCUUACAAUCUAUGAGGUCGCCGACUUCAAAGAUGUUCCUUGGUGUUAAAAAGUCAUUUACUAAUGUAGAGGCUGCAUCGCUCAUGUCUGUAUGCUUUCACGCUCUAGUCGCUGCGGCACCAUUAGUAAAUGAUUCAAGACAAUUAAAUGACAUGUCUCGUAUUAGAGCCCACGGGCUAUCGCUCGCUGGUGGCGGUACAGUUGCGAGACAGCCAACUUCCUUGUGUUUGCAAUAUGAAGACGCCUUCACAGAUAGCAUGGCUCUCCGGUUAGCAAGAAGGCUACUUAGGGUGAUCCCAACACGCCGAUAUUUCGACGAGCUGAUUGAACUAGACUUAGAUAAGGAGGGCGGAGUUAAAGAACCUGAUGUCGUUGAGUUAUUACUAUCGCACCUCGAGUCUUCUACGCAGUCAACAUUACAUUUUUCAAAAGCUGAGCGAAGCAUGCACGAAAAACGAAUUCCGGUUUUGCUUUUGGAUUGGGCAAGAGCCGUGAUGCUUCAUGAAUGGGAGGGCAAGCCAGAUAUUUCUGGGGAUGGCCCCUUUGGUGGUGCCCUCUCGCUGAUGACGGCUAUGUAUCAGAAGCGCCAAUCUCUCCUCCUAGGUGACGUGCAUUUUCGCGCCGAAUAUUUUGGCGACCGUCUCGAUCCUAUUCAGAUGCCGGUUUCAUGGCUAUCCUUUACCUCGACUAGGCAAAAGGUUCAUAUAUUGGAUUAUCCGUAUAUUUUUAAUCCCACGUCGUUGGUUUCAUACUUUAGGGCUAUUAACUUCUCACGGAUGAGUCGUUCUUACGAAGAGUCUACCUCGUUGCAAAGUCGAAUUAACGCCAUCAUUGCCCCUGACAGCCUCGUCACAGAGUCGCACCAAAAACACGUGCUUCAAGAUCUAUUGAAGAUUCCAUCAUCCAAAUACCUAAUCCUUGACAUCAGCCGUAAAAACGUGCUUAGGGAUGCCUUUGACCAACUCUGGCGACGGCAAGAACGCGAGCUUAUGAGGCCGCUAAAGGUCCACCUCGGAGAAGACAGUGGGGAGGAAGGGUUCGACUCUGGUGGUGUACAACAGGAAUUCUUCCGUCUCGCCAUUGCCGAGGCUUUAGAUCCUACGUACGGCGCCUUCGUCAUCGACGACAGGACGCGGAUGACGUGGUUUCAGCCCGGUUCUGUCCAACCGGAGUGGAAAUUCGAACUAAUCGGGCUGCUUAUGUCGCUGGCGGUUUAUAAUGGACUGACUCUUCCAAUCACAUUCCCAAAAGCCCUAUACCGCAAGCUUCUAGGUGAGCCCGUCACAGAGCUACACCAUAUCGCUGAUGGGUGGCCGGACCUCGCUAAUGGAUUAACCAACAUUCUUGAAUGGAAUGAGAAGGAUGGCUCUAUAGAGGACGUUUUCGUUCUAACUUACGAGUUUUCCACGUCCAUGUUUGGCCAGCCCGUCUCACGCGAAAUGGAGUCGUCGAAUUCGAUAUCCUGGCCACAAUUCUCCAGUCAUCCAGAGUCUAGUCCCCUCUCGGCAUCUAACCCGAGCGAUGCACCGCUAGUUACAGGCGAUAACCGUAACGCUUAUGUGAGCGACUACAUCCGAUACCUAACCGACGUCUCGGUCGCUCCCCAAUUCGACGCCUUUGCCCGUGGUUUCCGGGCUUGUCUGCACCCAAAGUCCCUACAACUCUUGACGCCAUCACUAUUACAAAAUCUCGCAGAAGGUUCGCAGGAGAUCGACGUCGGAGAGCUUCGCCGCGCGGCACGGUACGUUGGUUGGGACGCAUCGCAUCGUACCGUGCGCGACUUCUGGUCUAUUAUUAAAAGAUACGACAGCGAUAUGCGCCGCAAGCUGCUCGAGUUUGUCACUGCUAGUGACCGCGUGCCCGUCGGUGGUAUGGCCAACAUCCAGUUCGUUGUACAGAAGAACGGCGAGGAGGAAGGCGAACGUGGCCACUUACCCACCGCAUAUACGUGCUACGGUACCCUUCUGCUCCCAGAGUACCGUGACAAGGAAGUGCUCCGGGAGCGCCUAUCCAUGGCGCUCGAGAAUGCUCAAGGAUUCGGAUUCGCGUAAACCGCGCCGUGUAGCCAUAUGGCAUGGUAUUACAUCCUAGGUCAAAUAAGGAUAUCUAAUAGGGUAGUAUUGACAGUGGUGUACUUCCAACCGACCGAUUGGAAAUGCUGUAAGGGAGGAUAGAAAAAGUACCUAUGUUCGACACGUAAAUAUAUAGGCCUGGACAACCUAAAAAGGAAAUCAAAAUUAAAGAGAAGGUAUAAGUACCUAAGCAACUGUCUCGUUUAAAGUAUAUAUGAGGGGAGGGGGGGCGUAUAGGAAGGCAAAAAAGACCCUAGUUAUAAGUAGGACUUGGAGGGCGGGAUAUCACCUUACCUACUUCCAU